AGACGCGAAGCAUCAGAAUGUUCACAAACUACACCAACGUGUCAGAAACAACUCCUUGCUCAGUUAAAUGGGCUUGGAAGACUCAUUGGAUUUCGUUUAGCAUUUUAUUUAUCAUCACUGGAUGUUUUUCAACUGCUCUGUUGUUCAAAGCAGUUUAUCAAGCGUCUAUGUUGACACGAGGUUAUCGACUAUCAGUGUUUAUCAUGGUGUUGAUAUUAUGUGUUUCUCGACCACUGUAUCUUCUAUUGAAUCCUUAUGAAAUUCACCAAGCGUUACUUGAUGAAACACCAGUUAUCAUUCUCCGUAUAUUAUAUUCUUUUGGACAGCCAUCGCUUACUGCCGGUUUUGGGCUCGUUCAUGCUUGUUUUUUAAAAGUGGCCAAGGCUAGGAACUACGAAUAUGAACCUUUGUUGAAAACGAGAACCAUUCUCAUGAUUGUUGGACUGUAUUUCACAUUUGGGAUUAUAUGUGAAGUUAUCAGCCUGUUUUUACCUGUCAUGACGCGCAUGUUAGUUGUAUCAGCAACAAUUGCCGUGGUUGGUUGCAUUAUCAUCAUAGUUACUGUCUCAUACAGUGGCUUGAGAAUUUUAAUCAAAGCGACGAAAAAUAAACGCGUGUUAAGUAAGAGUUUGAGGGGAGAUACUCAUGCAGCUUCUAGAGAAGAACUAAUGAAAGCAAAGUCAAUCUCUAAAGUCUCAAAAGUCACCUUGGCUGCCUCGACAUUUUGUAUUGCCAUCACUAUUAUUAACAGUAUCACGUUUGUUAAAAUGUUUAAUGCUAUGAGUGGUGUAAGUUAUUUAGAAUCAGAUUCGCAGUUUAUUACAUUCGUGACGUGUGUUCGUUUUCUUGAGAUAUGCAUGGCGGUAACUUUGUUAUAUGCUCUAAGUCAAACCAAUUUGAAGUCAAGAAACGUUUCGGGUUCGUCUCGUCAAAGAUUGGGAAUUAUCAACACGGGAAGAGUGAGGAGUGCGGAUGACGGAUACGUUGUUACGGACACAUGGAAGUCGAUUUCGUCUGUUUCCAGUGUUGGCAGUGGGCGACAAUUAAUGGAGUAAAAUUUUGCAAUGCAAAAUGUAAAGUAAAAUGUAAGACUUGUGCAGACAAUUAUACUUCGUCUCAUAUCUCUCAUAUAAUUAAUAUUAUACUGCAUCUGCUUCGCAGACUUGCAUAAUCUAAAAUUAUUGUGACAAUUAUAUAAACAAAAAGAAAUCUUUCAAGAAAGAUCCCCGCAUGAAAGAACAGGGCCGUAGGAAUGUUCAAGAUUGGGGGGGGGGCAUGUUCACGAGGCGCCACCAUGGUUGGCGCAUAACGAGAAAGAUAUUUGGGCCCCCCAUAUAGUCAGUUUGCUCGUGAGGAAGCUGAAAAGUUCCAGACAGCAUGAAACUAGAAUGAUGGAGUCAUGGAGAUGAUAUGUUGUCGCUGCCAACAGAUGCAGUCACCAUUGUCACAUGGGAUACAGUUUCAAACAAG